AUGUCGGACAACAACAUGCAAGGCGUUGAGAUGAACGAGGCCACUCCUUCUCGCCAGACCGACUCUGGCCAGAGAACCCAGGCCCCCACGCACCUCCAGUCCAGCAGCGCAAUCACUGUAGCUGCUCCACCUCCGACGCCCACUCAGCCGGUACUUUCGGCCCAGCCCGCGACGACUUCCUUCGCCAUCAACCCAUUCAGCGAGACGCCCUUCCCGACCGGUCUAGCCGGCAACAGUACCAGCCCAGCCACCGCGAUCACCCCCAUUGCCAGUCUCCAGACGGUAUCCACCAGCUCAAACUCAUCGAACCGCGCCACACCGUCCCCCGUUAUCCUCCGCCGCCCAGGCACGGCCACCAUCGCACCCUGGCACACUUGGAACCGUCUCCUAGGCAUCAUGCGCCGGAUCCCGGGCGACACAUCCGCCGGCAUCGAGCACAUCCACCGCCUGGCGUCGCGCACCAUGAGCCUCCGCGCCAGCAGCGUCGGCACGAAGGCGGUCCGCAAGGCGGAGGCGGCCAAAGGCCACACCCUGCAGCCGACGGAGCGGAAGGCGGUCAAGAACGCGGCGGUUGCGCGGGAUCCGUUUCACACUCAGCUCGUCGAGGUCAUGGGCGGGAAGGGGGCGAAGCAUACGGAUGAGCAGUUGGAUAAGUUCGUGACAGGGAGGAGGGUCACGUAUCGGUGCUGCCGCUGCCAUAAGGUGGCUAGGACGAACCAGGCGGGCGGUUUGGUGGCGCUUUCGGGGAGGGGAGAGCCGGUGUGUGGGUGUGGUCAUGUGCUUUGCUUGAUCUGUCUGCACGUUCAGAGGAUGGGCGAUGAGCUCAUCGAGUUUGAGUUCAUGGGCUUGGACGACGAGGAUGAGGAUGGAGCUGGGAGUCAGGAUGGUGGCAACGGCGGUGGAAUGGGUGAUGCGGACAUGGUGAUGGAGAUCGAGGCGUAA